UUUGUGUAUCCACAAACAGCGGUAUCAUCAAUUCAAACCCCCCAUCCUACUAAUGCUUCCAUUAAUACUUCUUCCACUGCAACUUUCACCUCAAGUGCCAUCCCAACCGUCCCAACACCUACAACUGUAGUAUCCACAGACAAUAGUAAAGUGAUUGCAGUUUAUUAUUCUUAUUGGAAGCGUUCCUCUUUAGCCGAAAAUAACUUACCAUGGACUAAAAUCACCCAUGUGAACUUUGCAUUCGCGAUCGUCGAUGAUCAAUUCAAUCCGGUUCUGGAUGUACAAUCACAGACUGUGUUAACCACAUUAGUAAUUUAUGCUCAUGUAGCUAAAGUGAAGGUCUUACUUUCAGUUGGGGGAUGGACAGGAAGUCGAUAUUUUAGUACAUUAUCCUCGACUGCUGCAUCUCGUACUAAAUUCAUAAAUGCCACUGUAUCCAUGAUAAAUCAAUUUAAUUUAGAUGGGGUUGAUAUUGAUUGGGAAUAUCCAGGAAAACAAGGGAUGAUAUGCAAUGUAGUGAAUCAAAAUGAUGAUGCUAAUAAUUUUUUGGCAUUGCUAACGGAAUUGCGCGCUGCGUUAGGUAAUGACAAGUUGCUCACUUUGGCUGUACCCACUUCUCCAUUUAAUGGCCCAAAUGGUACAAUAAGUGACGUAAGUUCAUUCGCUAAAUUAGUGGAUUGGGUUAAUAUCAUGGCAUAUGAUGUUAGUGUCUCUGAUAAAUAUACUGAAAGUUGGGCUCAAUUCACAGGUCCAAAUGCUCCUUUUGAUAUUCCUAAUACUACAACCAAUCGUAUAUCUUUCAAAAGUUCGAUUUCAAAUUGGGUAAAUGCUGGAAUGCCAAGCUCUAAGAUCGUUAUGGGUGUUGAAUUUAUGGGACGCGCACAAACUGCUCUAGAACCAAUGUCAACAAGCCAAUAUGUUAAACGUGAUCCCGUUGUUCCUCAAGGUGAUCAAUUUGAUCAAAUGUCUGCUGAUCCAUGUUCUGGUGCUGAUUCUAGUUAUUCGGGUAUAUGGACUUGGAGAAAUUUAAGACAACAAAGUCUUUUGGAUUGCACUUUGCAAAGCAGUAGCCUUUGGACACGUAAUUUUGAUAAUGUGACACAAACACCAUGGUUAUACAAUCCAAAUACAAAUAUUUAUAUUUCUUACGAUGAUCCACAAUCCUUGUACGUAAAAGCUAAGUACACAAAACAACAAGGAUUAAAAGGAAUUGCUGUUUGGGAAAUAGCAAAUGACAAUGGUCAAGAAUUACUUAAUUCAAUUCAAAUAUUAAAUCACAAUAUUCCAUCACCAACUAAUGAAUGUAGUGCAUUAAGUGGUCCUGCUAUUGCUGGAAUCACGUUGGGACUUGCUGCUUUAUUGUCAAUAGCUGCAUUUGUAUAUACUUGGUAUAAAGUCAAAAACGCUACUGUUGUUGGUCCGAUUAACAAAAAAUAUGAAAAUGACGAUGCUUAG